AUGAGACUAAAUCUAGGCUACGAAACCACUCCCAUACUCGGUGACGCCCUCUGCGCGUUCAAUGGAACCGGAUAUCCUCGCUCUGGCAAACCAGUGCCCAUUCCUGAGACAGCGCUGUGCACUUCCGAUUCUUUCACCGGAGAGUCCGACAGCUACGACGAUUCGGACGACGAGGAUGCCAUCGACAGUGACAGCUACUACUCUCCCGCGACCAGCUACUCCGACGAUAAAUUCAAUGUCUCUCGCAAACGCCUAGAAUUCACUAUCUUGGAGUCAGAGCCAGAGCCAGAGCGAGAGCCUGAGGAUCCCCAACACACGGCCCCGACCACAACCACAACUCACCCCGACAACGAGAAAGGGAUCAUCCAAACCAUACCUUCCCUCCCUCUUCCACUUCCCGUUACACCUGUGGACUCCCUCAUCAUGUCCUCAACACUGACUAGUCAGCUUAAACCCACAGUUACCAGCCCCGGUCACCCUCAACCCCCCUGCGUGCCUCAGUUGGGAGUCCGAGAUCCGAAUACCACGGUCCUCGAGAGCUCAAAUUCGAAUGACUGUGUAUCUGAUCCUGCGUUUGCGGUACUGACGUCCAUUCCCACUUAUACUCCCACGCCUGCUCUCGUAAGACCCAGAAUGGCUGAUAAAUGUACCUGGACCCCGACGCCGUUGUAUAGGACUGGGGCGGGCGUUUUGCCGUCUUCCUCCUCGUCUUGGAGCAUUUCUUUGUCUUCUUCUUUGACUUCAUUUUCGGAGGUGGCGAGUUUGAGUUCCAGUUCCACUUCGAGUGUCACUCCGGCGAAGACUUCGGGUGGGAAGGAGGCUGGGGCUGCGGCUUGCUUGGUUCAGAGAACCAGCUUUGUGGUGUUGGUGGGGUGGGUGCUUUGUUUGGGGGUUUUGUUGGGAUGGGUUUGA